UUAGAAUCCUUAAAAUUCAAAGAAGUCUGCAGAAUCAUAUGGGCGCUUGAGCCUAGUGUAUUAGGAAUCACCCCCGAUAUACUACUAAUUAUUUUAUUUGAAAGAGAAAUAUCUGUGGGAAUACAACAACAUAUUGGACAUGAAUACGCUGGGCUGUUGGGAAUUCUGCAAGUUCUAGCAGACGGUACAAAACUAUUUUCAAAGAGAAUCUUUUUCCUUCUAGAGGAAAUACUCGUUUAUUCAGUAUCCGAUCACCAACAGCACUAUCACUUUAUUCUAGCGGAUCUUAGCAUUGAUGCUUUUUUGUGGAUUGCCCUUUCACGUCUUGCUCCCAUUGGACUUCUUAUGUCGGGAUAUGGGUCAAAUAAUAAAUAUUCCCUUUUUGGUGAAUUAGGGGCUGCUGCUCAAUCAAUU